AUGACUGGGAUGACCAUUGUUGCGAGAGCUUGGGGAAUUCAUGUGAAUGCAUUAGGAUUAGCCGGAACGGUCAAAUCGAAAUGUAACCGGACGCCUGCUGUCGAUCACUUCACCGGUGUUGGCGAACCUGAACCCGACGCCGAACCAGAAGUUCCCGCCUCGUCUUUGAACUCGAAGAAAAAGCAGAAGUUCAUAGGAAGUGCUGUCAGCACACCCAUCGCAUCGUCCCCCUACACCUGA